AUGCAGAGAGCUGCUGAGCUGCAGCUCCCCAUGCCAGGUGCCAUGCGCCUGGUUUUGCUCGACAAUGAUAUCACUGGGAUCGAGUUAGCAUGGUCGGCGUGCGGAACCGAAGACGUUGGGAAGGUGUCAGAUGCGGCUGCUGACUCGGGGUCGCAUCCUUCUUCUCCACCUUUCAACAUAUGUCCCUCGCAAGCGCCCCUCUGGUUCCAUGCAGCAGUGACAUACAACUUUGGCGUGAGAUGCCGCGAGGGUGACCUGGCAAGCUGCCGCGAUGGGGGGCAGGGGGUUGGGGCGCCCCAAAGUUGA